UGGUCACCAGUGGUGAAAUUUUACGUCAAAAUGGCGACUGCCAGCUUUCUGGCAAAACCCCUCUCCUAGGCUUAAUUGUCAAGCGGCAAGUAUUCUGAAGACGUACGCACAUCGAUCUGCUGAAGUAACUAAUUCCUGAGGAGAAACUUUCCACUGAAGUGUGUUUCCUCGGCCUUACCAUAGUAUAAAAUUGACCAGACGCGACUGUACAUUUUGUCAGUGAGUAGGACAUCUAGGGGUUAGUUCCACACAGGGGAAAACAGGUUACGCAGGCCUGGGGUAAGUCUGGUAUCACGCAUACAAGUCUUGACAACACUGAAAGGCUAUGGCAAAUCGUAUCGUCACCCGAAAGCAGUCCCGGCACCAGGUCACCAUGAGCGCCCUGGACCGGGACGUGCGGAAAGCUGUGGCCCUUGGGGACGUGGCCAAGGUUCGCCAGGCCCUGGAGGCGGGUAUCUCGCCCAACGACGUAGAUGAGAACGGCUGGACGCUGCUCCAUCUGGCUGCCUCCAGGGGGCGGGACCGCGUCCUAAGGAUACUGCUGGAAGAGGGAGGAAAACCAGAAAUUAAAGACAUCAUAGGUGGGUUUACCUGUCUCCACUAUGCUGCCAUGCAUGGUAGGACACGCCUCGCCCGUCUACUGCUGGAGUAUGACAAGUCCAGGCGCUGCGAGUUGGUGGACACGCCUAGCCGAGACGGCUGGACGCCACUGCACGUGGCGGCCCACUACGGCCGCGACUCCUUUGUCCGGCUGCUGGUGGCCUACAGCGCCGCCGUGGACCCCCUCAGCGCCAAGGGCACCACCCCACUGCAGCUGGCCAUCAUCCGGGAGAAGCAGAGCUGCGUGAAGGUCCUUCUGGACCACCAGGCGGACAUCGACGUCCAGCGGGGUUUCCCGCUGCGCUACACCAUCAUCAAGGGCAACCACGAGGCAGCCCGCCUGCUGCUGAACCGCGGCGCCGACCCCAACCUGAGCCGGGAGGACGACGGGCAGACCCCGCUGCACCUGGCCGCCAUCAAGAAUGACAGCCACAACUGCCGGCUGCUCUACAGCUUCGGUGCCAGCUGCCAUGCAUGCGGGGACGACGGAAAGACACCGCUGGACACGUACAAGGACGUCUACGUGAACAAGGAAUCAUCCCCGUGCUUCAAGUUCCUCCAAUGUGCCACAUCACACCCAAGAACGCUUCAAGAGGUCUGCCGGCUGACCAUCCGCCAGGCCAUCGGGAAGAGCCGGCUUCACCUCCUGGACACCCUCCCGCUGUCGGUCAUCAUGAGGAACUAUCUCCGCUUCAAGUACGAGGAUUUCUGCGGCUCGUGACCCUCUGUGGUUUAUCUCCCUCUUGGAAACCGGCACAACAUUGAACUCGGUUGAUCUCGGAGGGGUCCCAGCGAGGUUGGGAAUGUCAGGUCACGUUGAGUCCCCGUCCCCGUUGAAUAUUCUCCGGGUGCAAACAGUUUUGAGGUUUUUUUCUUUAAAAGGUAAUGCCGAAGUGCGAGUGCACGUAGACAUCUUGAAUGUGCAUGCAUACAGCAAGGUUUGACAGUUUCUCAUUUCAAUGUAUGUGGGAGCAUUGCUUACCUGAACUUCACUGAUUUAAGUUACCAAAAGAAAAUUUUAAAAUCCAUGUAUUUCACACCUAAAAUAAGGCCCAAAAUAUGAAUUGAACAAGAGGGCAUUCAAAUGUUUUGCGUUUUUAAACUACACACACCUGUAGUU